UUCUGCGGCGGGAGCCGGGCGGAAGCCGCCGGGGUCCCUCCUCAGUCGCCGGUUUAUGACACGCGGGCCCGUCGGCCUCGGGUGGCAGCGGCGAAGAGACGCGCUGGGGGGAGCGCGGGGCGGAUGAUGGCUGAGCUGAGAAGCCUGUGAAGCAUGAAAUGUCCUAUAGAUACUUCUACUGAUCGGUAGUAGCCCAGAUGAGAUAAUCAUGUCCUAAGAUGGCAACAGAUCUGGAGUAUGAACCGGUCUGCAGAAGUGAGUUGAUGGCAGAUUUGUUAGUAUCUUGGUGGCUUGAUGGCUCUCCCUUACUCUGUCUCUAAACCAAAGCCAAAGCAAUAAAGGGACUGCACAAUCUGACUACAGAAUGCUAUUUCCAAAGAAGUGAACUGAGAAGAAAGGACUCAUGAAUUUUGAUCACAGGGGCUUGGAGAGCGUCUCUGAUGUCUGCUCCAGCGAGGACCUUCCUGAGGUGGAGCUGGUGAGCAUGCUAGAAGAACAGUUGCCAGAUUACAAGUUACGAGUGGACUCUUUGUAUCUGUAUGAAAAUCAAGAUUGGAUUCAGUCUGCUGCCUGCCAUGGCCAUCUUCCUGAAAUCACUUCUCCAGUUCGUGAUGAGGAGCCCUUCCGUUACAUGACUCUUAUUGAACUUCCUUCCUCCUCUUUGGCUGGAUCUCACAAAUUUGCACAAGUUCUUGGCACAGAUAAUGUGGAGCAGAAAACCUACAGUGAUGCUGACAUGGUCAAACAUCUGUUAGCUGAGAAAGAUCGGGACCUGGAACUGGCAGCCCGAAUUGGACAAGCCCUCCUUAAGCGAAACCAUCUGUUGACAGAACAGAAUGAAGCACUAGAAGAACAGUUAGGACAAACUCUGGAUCGAGUUAACCAGCUGCAGCAUGAACUGUCGAAGAAGGAUGACCUGCUUCGUAUUGUUUCAAUUGCUUCUGAGGAGAGUGAAACAGAUUCCAGCUGUUCCACACCUCUUCGUUUCAAUGAGCCUUUCAAUGUAUCACACGAUCUGCUGCAGCUGGAUGUCUUGCAAGAUAAACUCAGAGAGCUGGAGGAGGAGAACCUUGCCCUCCGAUCAAAGGCUUGCCACCUGAAGACAGAAACCAUUACAUAUGAAGAGAAGGAACAGCAGCUGGUCAAUGACUGUGUCAAAGAGCUCCGGCAAACAAAUGCUCAAAUUUCCAGAAUAACAGAGGAGUUGUCAGAGAAGAGUGAGGAGCUGGUUCGCUACCAGGAAGAGAUCUCAUCCCUCUUGUCUCAGAUUGUUGAUCUUCAACAUAAACUCAAAGAACACGUGAUUGAAAAGGAGGAGCUGAAACUUCACUUACAAGCUUCCAAAGAUGCUCAGAGACAACUGACAGCAGAGCUACAUGAGUUGCAAGAUCGGAAUGCGGAGUGUCUAGGGAUGUUGCACGAAUCACAAGAAGAAGUGAAGUUGUUGCGCAGCAGAGCCAGCUCUAUUGCUUGUCUCUGCCACCGCCAGUCAUGUGGAGCAUUUCCAGUGGAUUCCCUUGCAGCAGAAAUUGAAGGGACAAUGCGGAAGGAAUUGAGUCAGGGUGAUGAAUCUGUUCUCUUCAAGCAAAAGUGUCAACAGAAACGAGUAUUUGACACUGUCAAGGUUGCUAAUGUCACUCGUGGACGUUCCUCUUCCUUUCCUGCCCCAUUGCCGAUUCCUGGAUCUAAUCGGUCAAGUGUAGUUAUGACAGCAAAGCCCUUCCAGUCUGGUGUAUACCAGUUGGAGAGCCACACGCAGAUGACCCAGAGGAGCAGCUCUGAGAAUAAUUUAAAAGGCACUCAUAAUCCUGGCCAGCCAGGAACCCCUGGAGACAAUGACUUAGUCACAGCUCUGCACAGGCUCUCCCUUCGUCGUCAGAACUACCUGAGUGAGAAGCAGUUCUUUGAGGAGGAAUGGGAGCGAAAAAUGCAUUUGCUGGCUGAGCAGAAGAAAGGGACUAGUGGCUGUAGUACACCAACAGAAAGCUGUUUUUCCCUGGGUACAAACUCAGAAUUCACUGAUCUCUCUGCCAGCUCUAGUAAUCUGCGUGCCCUCCUACCAGAAAAAUUGCAAAUUGUCAAACCCAUUGAAGGAUCUCAGACCCUUUUUCACUGGCAGCAGCUUGCUCGCCCCAACCUAGGCACCAUUCUUGACCCAAGACCAGGUGUUGUUACGAAAGGUUUUACCCCUCUCUCUGAUGAUACUGUGUACCACAUCUCUGACUUGGAGGAGGAUGAUGAGGAAGAAAGUGAAGGAGGUAUAACAUUUCAAGUGCAAAAGUCCUUCCCGGAGGAAAAGAAAAGUACAGUGGCAAAGCCAGUGGCAGGGAUUUUCCUGCCACCUGUUACUUCAGCAGCAGUACCAGUCACUGCCUCAAAUCCAGGGAAGUGUCUGUCUUCCACAAAUUCCACGUUUACCUUCACUACCUGUAGGAUCCUUCACCCAUCUGAUGUCACUCAAGUUACUCCCAGCUCUGUGGGUGCCCCAUUUUCACUUGGAAGUACUGGCAGCAGUAUUGGAAACCCAAUAGCGAACUCUUCAUCCAUUUCUUACAGGCUUAGUAUUGGCGAAUUUCUCACCAACAGAAGAGACUCCACCACUACUUUCAGCAGCACAAGCAGUCUGGCUAAACUUUUGCAAGAACGGGGCAUCUCUGCCAAGGUUUACGAUAGCCCAGUAUUAGAAAAACUGCCUUUGCUACAGCCCACUCGAACUCUCCCCAUUCCUUCUACUCCACCAAAUUCUCCCUUGCAUUCACCUUGUCCUUCCCCUCCGCCGUUUGAGCCCCGAGUGCAUCACUCAGAAAAUUUCCUGGCUUCUCGACCAGCGGAGACAUUCUUGCAAGAAAUGUAUGGCCUAAAGCCCUCCCGUAACACUCCAGAUGUAGGCCAGCUCAAGAUGAACCUAGUGGACAGACUGAAGAGGCUGGGUAUUGCCAGGGUGAUCAAGCCCCCUGAGACACAGCACUACAGCAAGAAUCAGGGGCCGGAGGUUAGCCUGCAGAGGCAGGAAUCAACUGUGUUUCUAAAUGCAGGUAGCAACUUAAUGGCAGGACUGAGAAGAAACCAGAGUCUUCCAGCCAUGAUUGGAGCUUUGGGAGCUCCAGUUUGCACACAGUCAUCAAAAAUGGAUAUCCUAAAGGAAGACUGACUGGUCUGAAAAAUUAUUGACUUCUAGCAUAGUAAAUAAUACAUGAGGGAUAAACAUCCAGUACAGGCAUGGCUAGAUGUGCUACAGAAGAGUUGGAGAAGGCAUGUGCAUGUUAAAGAUGUGGGGGAGAGAAGCAUUGGGAUCAAGGAGAAAAAGAACAUUGCUUGGGUUAGAUGAAGAAGGCUUUUGUGGAAGAUAAGAAAGAAGAAACCAAAGCUUAGUUUUGAGACCCCUUUCAGCAUCUGUCUUAACUUAAGCAAAACUAAAAGAACAUGAUAGACAUUCUCAGUAGUUUAACCUUUUAAACGACAUGUGUAAAACUGUCUUGCAGGUGCUGUUCUAUUUUUUUCCACCAUAUGACCAUAGUAUUUUACUAGUUGUUAGAAGUCAGGCUGUAUCGUUUACUUAUAAUAUUAAAAUAACAGUCAGUCUGACCAACAUUAUUGGUCCAAGUUUCUCUCUGUAGCAAACAAAACUUGGAUUUUAUUUUUUAAAUUCAUUUAUUUUCCAUUUCAGAAACUAUGCUUUAAACUCAUCUUCACUUUGAGAGGCAGCGGAGAGAACCUUUAGCUCUAUGUAAGAAAACAAUACUUCUGUUCAUGAACACAGAAACUGGUGGUCAGGAUUUAUAUUUUGAAAGAGUGCAAUUGUGCUAGUGAGGUAUUAACAGAAGUUAAUUUAUUUCCAGACUUUCUGAAGUACACAAAGGAAGGUGUAAUGAGUAAGAAUUAAGAAGCAGGAAAGUAUGUAUUAGGGUGAAAACUUCAAGCUAAGAAAUCUUUCCAAAGUGUGCUGUGCAUCUUUUUAAAUGAGAGUAUUUUUUGCGCGCGCGCACACACACACACAAAAUCUCAGGCACAUUACAGCGUUUUAAAAGGAAAUAAUACCUAGGUGCUUGAUUUAGGGUUUCUUUUUAUUUGAUGUAAGCAGAUAGUACUUACUUCAGGACAAGUAUCAGAAAUUUGGUAACCUGACUCUUCUCUUGAUAGGUAGACAUUAUGUAUAUUUGAGAGUUCUGCAGUAAACUUCAUGCCUUUCAGUUAGUUGUUUCUGAGUUUAGGGAGGAUUCUGUUUAAAAGAUUCCAUGAAGAGCAAAAUUUACCAGUCUACAUUUAGAAACAGGAAUAUGAAAGCUAGUGUUCUUCGUAGCAUUGUAAUGAACAUCAAUCAAUUUUGUCUACAUUGAAAUCCUGUGUUUUGAUGAAGGAGAGUGGUUCUGAACCUGAGUCUAAACAAAGCCGAGGCAGACUUUCUGUCUCAAAAGAGAAGUCCAUUUUAGAAAUCUGAUUUGUGAGGGGUAAUAAUCAAAAUAUUACUGCCCAUGCUGCUUUUUUGAUUCCUUCCUAUCCAAGGUUCCAGUCAUAACUGAAUAAUCUACAGUAGAUUUGUAGUGUAACUUAAAGAAGAAAGUUUUCCCAGAAUUCCUGAGGAAUGGGUUUUCACUAGUGACCUGAUAAUCUUUAUGUAAUUUUUCACUGUACCUAUCAACACUUAAAAAUUCUUCUAAAAUUUAGUUUCCAUACAUUUGAAAAUUGUCAUAAAGUUUGGUUUCCAUACAGUUAGAUAAAACAGUCAAAGUUUACCUUGUCUGUUAGUGUUUGUGGGACAUAACUGAUACCUGUCUGGGUGCAUGGUGUGAAUCAUCAGUAUAAUCACGCUGAUUUGCAUUUGCUGUAAGGCACAUCCACCAUAAUCAGCACUCUUGUUGCUGCAGGGUUGAGUGGAGUAGGGCAGUAAAAGAAAGCUUCUUAACCUGGUUUAUAGGAAAUUUGUAAUGUGGCCUUUCAGCUUUUAUAGUUCUAUAGAUCUUGUGAUGACUCUUUGAUACAACAGUCUUUUUUUUGUAAAAGGAAAAGGGGUAACCACUUCAAACUUGCACAGGGAUUCUUAGCAGAAACUUGCCCGUCAGCAGCGCACAGAAAUAUUCAGGAACUCCUGGAGUUGCCUUUUGCUCUCUAAGCAAAAUCUUACGUAAAAGGUGAAUUUUAUUUAAAAUACCAUAUACGGGUUAAUUUUGUUUUUUAAAUGAAAAAUAUUUAAUUUCUUCAUGUAAAUAUUUAUGUUUGUAUGUACUUAGCUGUGCCAUGGCGUCCUGCGUAGCUGUAUAAGGUAAGAGUGAAAGGCAUGGAGGGAGGCAACUUUGCUCUCCAGUGAACUAAGAUGGGUAUGUCUGCAGUGUAUUUGUAACUUCUAGGGAAACAACAGGAAUGAGUUCACAAAAAAUUAGACAGUUUGGUCUCAACAGAGAAGUGCAUAGUGUGUCAAAAUUAGGUCCAUUUUAUGUAUGUUUAUUAUAGGAAUACAUGUAAGUUACGGAUACAUUUUUGAAGUAUGUUUUUGUAACACUGUUUAACACUUUUUCUAACCAGCUUCAUUAGAUAACUGUAGCCAUUGGAUCAUUCUGUGUGUUGUCAGCAGAAGUGGCAAAUCGGCUAAAUCAGAAUUCCUUUGGCAGACCAGGUUUCAGUUAAAAUUAAUCUAAAAGCACAUUAACUGAAUGCAUGUUUCUCUUUGUGAUGCUUCCAUAUUCCAUAGGCCAACGAUUUAAACUGGUUCAGUUCAAACAAUACUGUGGAUAUGUUGAGAGGUUGGUUGGUUUGUUUGUUUUCUGUAGGAUGAUGUACCAUCAGGUACUUUACACAAGACAAGAAGAAAAUGGAAGGCUGUAUACCGCUGUGUUUAUGCAUUUAUCCAGUUGGUUGAUGCUGUGGUGCAGUGUUGAAAUUCUGUCAUGUGUUUAUACCUUUGGACGGUCACACACAUGUCGUAUAUCUAUACCUAUCUUGCAGCAACAGGGAAAAUUGGUACUUCCAAGUUUACUGUUUUGUGCCAAAACCUUGAAGAUAAACUUUUUUUGAAUAACAUACGUGUUCCUGAGAACAUAUUGAAAGUUGCCAUCAUUCUAGGAAUUGAUUUGGCUUCUGUUGCCUCCCAGAAGAGAGGAGACAAACUUGCAUGCAUAAGGUAGUUGAGAAUGUGCACAAGAUCUUUUGAUCCUGCACAAGUGUGAUUUGGUUGAGUGGGAGGUAGAACUAGAAAGAACAGAGAACUGGAUUUCAGAAAGGUUCUGUUAUCUUGUGGUUCGAGACAAAAACAAAUGCUAGAAAGAAAGGACUUACCUAUGCUUGUGAAAGUUACAAGAGACAGAAAUAAAUUCCUGUUAUUUGGUAUCUUGGUGUCAUGUAAAUACCUUCAUUUAGAUUGGCUUAAACCAAACACAGAUUUAAAGCUUUCUAGUUCCACAGGAUUUGAUAAACUCAGUGAUGCCUGCAUGCUCAAAGUACCUGUGAUCAAAGUUAACAGCAGCAGAAAGGGAAGCAGAAGAUUGUGUUUGAGCCUCAUUUAGCUGUUACACGAGGGAAUUACAAUGUUUGAAUGGUCUGGGAAUUUCAUGGUAUUUUUUCAUCUGCUUUUUGCACUUACUGUUGUUUCAUAGUGAAAUGUAAAUUUGAUAAUAAAUAUGUAUAACAUGCCAUUUUUCAGUA